UUUGCUGAUAAUUAACCCAUUAUACGAAAAUGUCAGUUAUUGAAAUAGAAUCUGACGAACAGUUUGCUCAACUUACUAAGGAUGAAUCUUCCAAGUUGAUCGCUAUCUAUUUCCACACCCCAUGGGCUGGUCCUUGCCAACAGAUGGCCUUGGUCUUUAAGACUUUGGCAGCUGCACACCCGGAAGCUCUCUUCAUAUCUGUAAAUGCUGAUGACCAUGUAGAAGUCACCGAGCUUUUCGAAGUUUCCGCAGUUCCAUACUUUGUUCUUGUUAAAAACUCAACUAUAUUGAAGGAAUUAUCUGGUGCUGAUCCAAAGAAACUUGUUGCCGCUAUUGAUGAGUUUUCUGGUAAAGCCGACAACAAGGUCGAAACUAAGGCCGAGUCCUCCUCCACUGGGUCUCUGGAUGCCACCUCUACUCCAGCUGCCCCAGCUGCUACUGAACCAAAGGAAGAAUCUGAAGAAGAACUCAAUGCUAGACUCACUAAACUUGUCUCCGCUGCUCCAGUUAUGCUUUUCAUGAAGGGAUCUCCAUCAGCCCCACAAUGUGGCUUCUCUCGUCAAUUAGUGGCUAUUCUCCGUGAACACCAAGUUAGAUUUGGUUUCUUUGAUAUUCUCAAGGAUGACGCCGUCAGACUGGGUCUCAAGGUCUUUUCUGAUUGGCCAACUUUCCCACAAUUGUACAUGAACGGUGAACUUCAAGGGGGUUUGGAUAUCAUCAAGGAGUCUAUUGAAGAAGACCCUAAGUUCUUCGAAAACGCUACAGCUGUGUAAAUUAAUAUUAAUAGAAAAAGAUUGCUAUAGAAGGAGU